ACAACCAUGAUGACUGAAGGAAAUUGAAGUAAGAGAAAACAUCGUUUAGCGCUUUACGCCAGAGCGCUAAAUUUGAACUUUCGAUGCAAUUCUCGCGCAGAAUGCUAGUACCAGGAAACGAAGGUCCGGGCCUCAUAUUCAAGCUCAAGCUCAAAGCCUUGCCAGGCCUCGCUGUACUUAAAUACUCCGGCUGAUCUUCUAAAGCCAUAUUCAACCCAAUUCUGCCGAUGGCGGUGCUGUAAGUGCGCCGAGUCUAGCGAAGAUCUUGAUAUAAUUAAGUUCUGUCACCUUUUGUUAGAUUUGUUUAACUCCCUUUUUCCCUCUUUCUCUCUGCUGGCCGGAGAGCUGGAACAAUCUAUUGUUGUAAAACCCACAUCUCAAAUCAUGCUUCCCCCAACUCGCCAGAACUUGAAUCCUUUCAUCCUUUUGAUUGUCCUUCUUGGGCUCCUUCAACUUCCCCUCAUUGUUUACGCUGGACUCCCGCCGGCGGAGUAUGAGAGGCUGCAAGAGCUGAACGCAGUCGAAAUGUCCAAAACGAUUACUGAUACUGAUCGAGCAUCCUAUCUAUCUGAAGACAUAUCCGAUCUCAUGGAUAAUGCCAAGAAGAUUUCGAACGUUGGCAAGCUGAACAAAGACAUAUAUACCUUGAAGGGGAAUCUUGUCAUGAAAGUCUUAUCCUCGAAGGUUUCCAAAGACGAAGCUUACGGUGAGGCAAAAGCACUCGACAUGCUACAUGAAUUGGAGAAGUCCGGACGGAUCAAAAUACGUUCGAGGAUCCGCCGCACAUAUUUUCCUGCCAUCAUCAUGAAAAGGAAGAAGGGAAAAUCCUUAUUCUCGAGCGAUGUUUACAAACGCGCAAAUAAAAAGGAGAGGAAGGCAUUGAAGACGUCUGUCAUUGACAAGGUGUGCGAAGAAGUUGCGCAGAUAGCUCAGUCCAGCGGAAUUUUGCACUAUGACAACAACCCCGACAAUAUCCUUCUCCAAUUCACUGGAACAUCCGUAACCUCUGUUGAAUUGAUCGAUUAUGGUCCUCCUUACACCUACCUCAUUGACAAAAACACCGAUAAACAGAAGAUCGUGGAUGUUUGUGCAGCUUCCAGUGUAUGGACUCUACUGUGGUGACGUCGUCAUGGUGGGAUGUUAGCGUAGGAAGCGCCAGUUACUAUUAGGCGCUGCCUGCACUCGUUGUCCAGAGUCAUCAGCAGGGUUUCGGUAGUUAGCGGCUCAAGCCAUAGACUCACGUUCGCU